AUGGAAGAUAAAGCUACACAUGUAUCUGGUGGAUCCAGUCGUGUCGAUGACGAGAGUAAUAGUCAUGCAACUGCAAUAGAAACGUCUUCAGCUUCAUCUGUAUCAAAUCUAGCAGUGAAUGUAGGUGUACCAAGUUUACUUGACUCACGGACACUCCCUCCUGUGAUCGAGAGUGUCGACGAGACGGCGCCCCGCUAUUUGCCACGAGAAGAUGAAUCCGCAGCGUCCACUUUGACAUUCCGUGAUGCUUUUGCCCGGUUACGUAAAACAUCAUCGUAUGUCCUUCCUCCACCAGAGAAAUCACAGGAGGAAAAAGCUCCAGUAAGAGACGCAGCUGCCAUUGUGUAUGUGAAUCGACGACAGCAGGGCAAUCCGAUGCUCAAGGCCGUUCGCAAUGUAGGACUUGAAUUCCGAGACGGAUUGAUCUCGGACUAUGUGAUAGGGGAAUCUUCCUGCUGCAUCUUAUUCUUAAGUGUGAGGUAUCAUCUACUGCAUAAUAGCUAUUUGGAAGAACGCGUGCAGAGUGUACGAAAGGAUGAUCCAACACACUAUAAAACGAAACUCGUCUUGUGUUUUGUCGAUGUGGAUGAUAAUGAGGUGGCAUUACGUGAAAUCAACCGCGUUGCCCUAUUGAGUGGUUUUACGCUGGUACUGGCGUGGAGUUGGCUUGAAGCUGCGCGGUAUCUGGAGACAUUUAAGGCUUACGAGAACAAGUCAGCAACGAUCAUCAAGGAGAAAGUGGAGGCCGAGUUUUUGCCUAAGGCCAACGAUGUACUCACGUCCAUCCGAUCGGUGAACAAGACGGAUGUGGUUACAUUGUUGUCCACGUUUGGGACAGUGAAAGGGCUCAUGAAUGCGUCCAUGGAGGAACUCUCACUUUGUCCCGGUGUGGGCGCCAAGAAGGUGCGCCAGCUACUCGAGACUUUUCAAGAGCCUUUUACAAAGCAGUGA